AUGGAGCUCAUCCAGGACUUCGGGCCCUCGGACCCGCCGGGCCAGGCUCAAACAUUCGGUCUGACGGGCGCCGGGUCUUUGAACGGGGGCGCGAAGAAGCGCGGCCGCGGGUCCGGUGGCCCGAAGACGCUCUUCGCGAACAAGAUCAACGCGUCCCAGAGCCCGUCGUCGGCGAGGCCCUCGCCGCGGCCCGCCGCGCCCGCCGCGAAGAUCCCGAAGAAGGCCGCGCGGCCGGCGGCGCCCGCGCGGCCCCCGGCCGAGGCCCGCGCCCGGGACGCGGACUGCGAGAGCCAGGAGGCCGUGCUCGGGCUGCUCGACACGCUCGAGGAGAUCGACGUCGCGCGGGCGGACGACGUCGAGGCGGCCGGCGCCGAGCGCGCGCGGCGCGCGGUCGGCGCCUGGGAGCAGCCGCGGCCGCGCGCGGCGGCCGCGCGGCGGGCCGCGCCGCCGGCGCCCGCCGCGGAGCCCGCCGCGAAGCGGCGCCGCGCGCGCGACGGCGCCGCCGAGGCCGAGGCCGAGUGGCGGCCGGAGCCGCGGCGGUCGCGGCGCGGCCGGCCCGCGGAUCCGACCGGGACGGCGGAGAAGCCGCUCUGCAUCGACGACUCCUCCGACGACGACGCCGGGGCCGCGGGUGCCGCGGGCGCCGCGGGCGCCGCCGGUCCGCGCCGGUCCGCGCGGCGGACGCGCCGGUCGCCGGGCGCCGGGGCCGACGCGACGCCGCUCUUCCAGUACCCGCCGGGCCCCGCCGCCGUCGACAGCAUCGUCGUCACGCGCGGCGACGUCGACCGCCUCGAGCCGGACGAGUUCCUCAACGACAACCUCGUCGACCUCUACGUCAAGGUCCUCGUCGCGGACGCGGCCCGGUCGCGGCUCGCGGCGCGCGAGGGCUUCGACGCGGCCCGCCUCGGGUCCGAGGUCCACGCGUUCAGCUCCCACUUCUUCACGAAGCUCCAGGAGGAGGGCCUCCGGGCCCCGGACGGCAAGGACCGCGCGUACGACCGCGUCGAGCGGUGGACGCGCGGCGUCGACGUCUUCUCGAAGAAGUUCCUCGUCGUCCCCAUCGUCGAGCACCUGCACUGGAGCCUCGCCAUCGUCUGCCACCCCGGCGCCCUCGUCCGCGUCGUGCGGGACCGGAUCGCGCGCGAGGAGGAGGAGGCGGAGGAGCGCGCGCGCGGCGAGGACGACGACGAGAGCGACGCGCCGCGCAUCGACGCGACCGCGGAGCCGUCGGGCGCGCCGCCGCCGCCGCGGCCCUGCAUCAUCUUCAUGGACUCGCUCAAGAUGCACAGCGCGCCCAAGGUCGAGCGCUUCCUCCGCGCGUUCCUCGAGCUCGAGUGGGCGAAGCGGAAGCCGGACGAGCCGGAGCUCAAGCUCAAGCUCAAGGUGGACCUGCCCCUCGUCGUGCCCAAGGUGCCCAUGCAGACCAAUUCCUGCGACUGCGGCGUCUACGUCCUGCGCUACGCCGAGGAGUUCCUCUCGCGCGCCGUCGGCGCGGCGCCGACCGUCGCCGUCACCGAGGCCGCCGUCGACGACAAGUUCGCGGCCCACGACUUCGCGUCGUGGUUCACGGCCGCCGAGGUCGCGGCCAUGCGCGGCGACCUCAAGGCCGCCGCCGAGGACCUCGCGAGGAAGACGGGCGCCGCGAGCUGGACGGCGUAG